AUGGUUCAGCCUCAUGGUUUUGUGAACCCUGCUCAUCCCACUAAUGUCUAUGAACUUCACCUAGUCUCCUUAUGGCCUCAAACAGGCUCCGCAUGCAUGGUUGUCUCUCAUGAUGGUGCUCUUCAUCUCAAUCAACUCAAGUAUGUUCAUGAUUUGUUACACAAUAGUAAUCUCCUACAUGCCAAGCCCGCUUCCACUCAUCUUGCUGCCAAGUCUGUUCUAACUGCUAGUGAUGGUGACUUGCUCGCUUCUCCCACAGAAUACCGUGAACUUGUGGGGAGUCUUCAGUACCUCACCCUUACCCUCUCAUAUAUUUCCUUUGUUGUCAACACUGUGGCCCACUUUAUGAGCUCUACUAGCUCUCCUCACAUGGUUGCCGUCAAAAGGAUUCUCCGCUAUGUUAAGGGCACCAUUGACUUUAGCCUCCAUUUUACACCCCAAGAUCCUUCCACACGUCACACCGUUUACUCAGAUGCCGAUUGGGCUGGGUGCCCAGACUAUCGUCGUUCGACAGCUGGCUACCUCAUCUACUUGGGCUCCAAUCUUAUUUCCUGGUGCUCCAAAAAGCAGCCAAUAGUUUCGCACUCCAGUGCGGAAUCUGAGUACUGUGCUCUUGCUCAUGCCUGGCUGAAUCUUCUUAGCUCUGUUCUCUGUUACAUGAACUGGGUGUUCGACUGUCUUUUCCAGUUCUCAUGCAUUGUAACAAUCUCAGCACCACUUAUAUGGCGACAAACCCAGUAUUCCAUGCUCGUACUUGCCACAUUGAACUUGACUACCACUUUGUUCUCCAGAAGGUGGCCCUUGGGGGUCAUCAAGUCUGCUUCAUCCCCUUUGUUGAUCAACUUGCGGAUCUUCUCACUAAGCCACUUCACAAGCCACGACACCAUCUCUUAUGUUCCAAACUUGGCAAGGAAACCCGAACAAGCCGGGGCAAGGACACUAGAAAAGGAAGAGAAGCUCUACGAAAUAAGUCGUGCAUUGGCUAUUUUGGCUUCUGCAUCUUCAGUGAGUAGGGAGCGUGAAGAGUUCCUGAGACUUGUCAAUAAGGGGGCAUAUAAAGUUGCUCGGGAUGAAAGUGACAGUACUUCUGUUGAGGUUGAAGGUGACGAGGUUUCAUCAGUGCUCAUAAACAAGGUGGAUGCAAUGCUUCAAAAUCUUGAGAAGGAAAUUGUUGAUGUAGAUGCACAUAUUGGUGAUUGCUGGCAAUUACUUGACAGGUGA